AUGGCGCUUCUUCCACGGGAGUUGGAGGAAGAGAUAUUGUCUCGACUUCCACCUCAAUCUCUUCUUCAGUUAAUAUCAGUUUGCAAACGAUGGAAUGUGCUUUUGUCUGAAAAGAGUUUCAUCAAGAACCACUUCGCUCGCGCCCGUCCUCAUUUCAUCUUCCUGUCAAAUUCCAACAUUUAUUCCAUAGAAAUCAUCGGUCUCGAUGGAGCUGACUCAACGAUUAAGUUGCAUGAGCUAUCCUCAUCUGGUAUUCCUUACCGGGAAUUGAAUUUUAAUGACUUCACCAUCAGUUCUUGCGAUGGGUUCUUGUUUUGUAAUAGUGGGAUUUUUCCGAAAGGGACAGCGAUUUGGAAUCCGUGGUUGAGACAGGUUAAAUGGGUCGAACACAAGGAUAAAGGUUUCUGGCCUUGUGGCGUAGGAUACGAUAAUACUAGACCCGAAAAGGUUUACAAGAUCUUGGGGUAUAUUCUGUGUCCCCACCACGAGAGAGCUGUGAUCUACGAUUGUGCGUCUCAUACAUUCAAGUUUAUUGAUACACCUGACGAGGACCGGCCCUUAACCCACGUGAAACGAUAUGGUGUGCCCUUGAACGGAAAUCUCUAUUGGCUACGUUUUACGCUCGACGGUACUGGUGACAUUUUUAUCGGAUGCUUUGAUUUCUCGAGGGAAAUAUUGAAACCCUUGUGUCUCGCUCCGUGUCAGAUUUUUGAUACAUUCAAUAUCAAUCAUCUUGUCCUCCAAGCUUUCAAUGAAAAUAGGUUAUCCUUGUUAAAGAGAUGUAAUAAGACAAGAAAUGUUGAGAUUUGGGUUACAAAGAAAAAGAUUGAUGCUAGUAACAACAGUGAAGACGAGAAAGUUGUUUGGAUUAACUUGUUGACUUUGCCACCAACUAAUUUCCCAGACUUAUCUAAUAAGGAUUUUGGCGUUAAUUACUUCCUCUAUGACAAGACCACCCUAAUCAUGUGUUGUGGUGACAAUGAAACCGGAUGGCUUUGCAUCUAUAUCUUCAGGGCAGAUUUGUUCAAAAAGUUUCAAAUUGAUUUGGGGUUUAACCGUUGUUGUCACUGUGUUUAUGCUCCCAAUUUUAUUCCCAUUCCUUUAGAGUUUGGAUCGACUGAUUUUAUCACAUUUUGUUGA